AAUAUAUUUAAGUCUAUCUUUCAAAAGUGUAACGUGUUCUUGUAGUAAUGAAGAAAUUUUUGGAUACUACCAAUACAAAGCUUAAUCGGGCUUUGCAGAAAACAAAUGAAGUCAUAGGGAGGGCUGAAAAGACAGAAUUCGAUGAGGAAUUUGUCUCACUAUUAAAACAAGCAGAAUCUACGCACGAAGCAUCUAAGCACAUUAUGGAGGCUAUUGAGCAGUGGAUCAACCCAUGUGUCUUAAAAAAGUUCGAUGAUGUCGCUUGUAAAGUAGAAAGUAUGGUCACAGAUAAUAAAAGUUAUUGGUUAAAGGUUCCUGCAAAGUUACCUGCCGAACAUCUUGGAGAUGAACUACUCAACGCAGCUGUUGGUGUCGGAGCUGGUACUGCAUAUGGUGCGGCAUUGUCACAAUGCGGUGAGUACAGUCGUCAGAUAGCUGCAGCUGAAAGUCAAAGGAAUGCGAUACUAGAAAAGAAAACAUUAUGUGUACUACAUCAUUUUUUGGCACUUGAAUGGCCUGAAAUACAAAAAGAACUUAGUCAUUUGGAGUCGUAUCGUUUGGAUUAUGAUAAAUUAAGAAGUAAAGUGAAGCAUAAUGAACAUCCAGAUCCUGAAACCUUGACAAAAAUGGAAGAUGCUAAAACCGUUCUUUAUAAACAAUUAGAAAAAACUAGAGCUAAACUACAACAGGUCAAGUCGGUAAAUGACUCUAACAUGAUUGCACUAAAAGAAUUAGUAGCUGCUCAACGAACUUAUUUCAGUGAAUGCAGACAGAGGACUGAAGAAUUGUCUGCUCAAAUGGAACGAUUAAAAUAAAGAUGUGUUUUUCGGGAAGAAAAUAGAUCAAAACAAAAUAAAAACAAAACGCCAAUCUUGUGUCUUCCCCAUAUUAACUAAUAUAUACAAUUAUGAAACUUCAUUUUGUGCAACAGUCACGCUACACAAAUACUCUAUUGAAGCUCUAAUAAUAAAAAUGAUAUUUCAGGCUUUUUGGUCACAAAAUCUUCGUGUUUCUUAUCGAUUUAAACUGCUCGUUUUCUUUUGUGAUCUUAACAUACUUUUGCCGUUCAGUGUAUAUUUAUAUUAAUGUCUAUAUUAUUUGCCUUAUAGAUUUCAAUAAUAUCAAUAAUUACAUUAUUGAAUUAAAUAAGAAAUUCGCUUAUUUCUUUUCAGUGCUUUCAUAGUUAUUCUUGAGUUUAUAUUUGUGUACGUGUGUUUUCUGGUUUAUAUGUAUUUUCACACAUUUAUUGUUUUCUUUCGGGGGGGGGGGAAGUUGGUGUUGCUUGAUUGAAAAUUUAUUCAUUCUGUUAUACGUAUGACUUCUGAAUUCUUUAAGUGGUAUUAAAACUCAUGGAUUAUUUU